AGUAACAGCUGUAAUAAACCUUAUUAGCUUGCUAAACCACAUGUGCACCUAAUUAGAGGAACAAUUGACCAAUUAGGAAGGAAGUAAAAAAUCCCCAAAUAAUGAUUAACCCAGCAACAACCAAGCAUUGUUGACAACAUCAAUAAAUCAUCAACGACAACCGGAUCGGAAGAUCCAUCUUCAGUUUUCAAUACCUUGCAACCCCAAUAUACUCGUUGACUUUUGUCUAUCCCAAUUGUCUUUUGUUGUCUUCAGAUGUCUACCCGGCACAACUUCAUUCGUUUAGUUGUAAACGUCUCCAACUACUACAUUGACACCAUUACUUAAUUAACCAUACAAAAGCAUAACUUACAUAUUUCGUACCUUAGGUAUCCAAGAAAAUCGGGGUACAUAUUAAUACUUGUCGUGUUCUUCGUCAUUGUCUCGUGUUCGCAACAAUAAACAUUGCUUCUCAAGGACUUGAGCGAGCGAUACCUGGAUUGGAUUACCUGAUCGUAUUUCACAUACACACACACAUCCAAGACUAAUUUCUCACCCAAACUUUCCAGAUGAGAACUCAUCAUACCUCACAUCUACAAUGGCAGAAGUAAAUAAAAAAAGCCAUACAGUAUCGCAGGGCCAGACGAUACCAUCGGGCCGGUCAACAUGGUGGGGUAGACUUCAGCAACGCUUCCCUCUUUUGCAGAGAAAAAGGGGCAAGGCUCUCCUGAUUGGGCUCAUACUCCUUCCACUUCUCGCCUUGCUUGGCCUCCUCGCUUUGCGAAAUAGGCAUGGGGUUAGCAGUGCAGGGGUUGGAGGAGCUGUAAGCGACCAAGACGUGAUUAGGGAUGACACGUACUUUUAUGGCCAGUCUGAACCGGUAUAUCCUGCUCCGGCAAUGACCGGGGCGGGAGCAUGGUCCGAUGCCUACAACAAAGCUGUCGACUUUGUCAGGCAGCUCACUAUCGAAGAGAAGGUCAACCUUGCAUCAGGCAUUUCUUCAUCGACGGGUAGCUCAGGCACAAUCAAUGGUUGCUCUGGUAAUAUUGAUGGCAUUCCCAGAAUGAACUUCACCGGAUUCUGUCUCAACGAUGCUGGCCAGGGUGUCCGAGGUACGGAUUUCGUUUCCGGGUUUCCGAGUGGUAUUCAUGUUGCUGCCAGCUGGAACAAAGAUCUUGCCCGAAGUCGUGCAGAGAGUUUGGGUCUUGAAUUCCGUGUAAAAGGGGUCAACAUCCACCUCGGACCAGUAGUGGGUCCGGCUGGACGAAUAGCACGCGGCGGCCGCAACUGGGAAGGCUUUUCUCCCGACCCCUAUUUGUCCGGCAUGCUCGUCUCCGAGACGGUAUCGGGCAUCCAGUCCCAGGGCGUUAUAACUAGCACCAAGCACUUCAUUGGGAACGAACAAGAGACCAAUCGGCAACCGACCGGCGAUGUCGAGGCUGUCUCGUCCAACAUCGAUGACAAAACCAUGCACGAGCUUUAUUUAUGGCCAUUCCAGGACGCUGUCAAAGCCGGGACAGCCAAUAUCAUGUGCUCGUACAAUCGCGUAAACAACUCAUAUGCGUGUGCAAACAGCAAGACCCAGAAUGGCCUCCUCAAAACCGAGCUGGGAUUUCAGGGGGCUAUUACUUCCGAUUGGGGUGCUUUGCACGCUGGAGUUGCGUCGGCAACUGCUGGAAUGGACAUGGUCAUGCCAAACUCCGAGCUUUGGGGAGAUAGAUUGGUAGAAGCAGUUAGGAAUGGAUCUGUGAGCGAGGACCGCCUAACUGAUAUGGCAACCCGAAUUAUGGCUGGAUGGUAUCGGGUCGGACAAGACCAAGACUUUCCAGAGCCCGGAGUCGGCAUGCCCGCAGAUCUUACUAUACCGCACGCUAUUGUCGAUGCACGAAACACUUCGUCUCAAAGGGUUCUAUUAGAUGGCGCUAUCGAGGGCCAUGUUCUGUUGAAGAAUGUCAACAAUGCCCUUCCGCUUAGAAGCCCAAGAGUCCUCUCUGUCUUUGGAUAUUCGGCGAGGAGCCCCGACCAAUGGAACUACCAAUCUAAUGGAGGUGUAGCCGCGUGGACCUUUGGGGGCGAGUCAUCUUAUCUCGGGCGUGAUACACAAGCCGGAUUUUCAGGUCAUUACUACGAAGAUUUCUCGGACAUUGCUCCGAACGGAACCAUUAUCUGCGGUGGAGGUUCGGGUGCCGUGACGCCUGCUAUUAUCAGUUCGCCAUUCGACGCCUUGAAUGCUCGCGCAUUUGACGACCGCACACAAAUAUUCUGGGACUUCUUCAGCCCUGACCCAGAUGUCGCUGGCACGUCAGACGCGUGCCUCGUCAUCGUCAACGCGUUUGCGAGUGAAGGGUACGACCGUCCGGGAUUACGGGAUGAAUUUACUGAUGGCUUGAUCCGCCACGUGGCUGAUCGAUGUAACAAUACCAUCGUGAUUUUUCACAACGCUGGAGCACGAUUAGUAGACCAGUGGAUCGAUCACCCAAAUGUGACAGCGUUGAUAUUUGCGCACCUACCUGGCGAGGCUUCGGGCCGUGCCCUCGUCUCCUUAUUAUACGGGGAUUCAAGUCCGUCCGGCAAGUUACCGUACACGGUAGCUAGGAACGAGUCUGAUUACGAUCACCUAGGAGGGCCGGACCUACCAGAGGGCCAGUUUGAGCGGUUCCCACAGUCGAAUUUCAGUGUCGAAGGCGUAUAUAUAGACUACCGGCACUUCGAUGCUAGGAAUAUUACGCCACGGUACGAGUUUGGCUUCGGACUCAGCUAUACGACGUUUAAUUAUUCAAGCUUGCAGAUUGCGAAGCGGGAUGGCGCUAAUACGGAUGCCUAUCCGACAGGGGCUAUCCAGGAGGGCGGGCAGGUUGACCUGUGGGAUGUGGUGGCGACCGUUAGCGCCAAUAUCCAAAAUGUAGGUGAAACCGAUGGCGCCGAGAUUGCGCAGCUGUAUGUUGGGAUACCGAACGCGCCGGCCAAGCAGCUCCGGGGGUUUGAAAAGCCAUUCCUCAACGCGACAAGGUCGGCUACAGUAUCGUUCGACCUGACUAGGCGAGACCUGAGCAUCUGGGAUGUGGUCGCGCAAAAGUGGCUCCUGCAGCCCGGCGAAUACGGGGUAUUUGUCGGAGGAAGCAGUCGUGAUUUGCCGCUGCAGGGUACCUUGAGCAUAUAAUAAUGAAGAAGGUGGAUAUGGAUAAUGAUAAUGGUGGGUAUGGGACAUGAGGCGAAUGAGAAGAUCUGCCGACGUGCUAGAGUGAGCAGGGAAGGAAAAACGGCAGCUAAACGUCUUAUGACAAGGUUAUGACGAAUGCGUCCACGUACAUACACGUACGUUCUAGCAGUGGCUUGGGAGCGAAGCCUUACGUUGAUGCUUCUGUAUUGCUUGCCUGCUAACUACUACUGGGUAGGUAUCAUGGUAGGAGCAAUGGAGCAUACCUACCUGGGUACAUACCUACCUAUCUAGUGUUAGCCAGAACUUUUUAUACGCUCCACGAUGGUAUGAUGGGGACUUUGCAGUGGGGUUAUGGAGACGACUUUGUGCAACUGCUAUGUACCUAGGGUAGGGACUAAUAGCUUAGUUCG